AUGGCCUCCUCUUCUCCUGACAAGAUGGUCUUGACCAUCGGCACCCGCAAGUCGAAGCUGGCUAUGCUCCAGACACACGCCGUGCGCGAUGCCUUGCAAAAAAAUUAUCCUGACUAUGAAUUCAAAAUCUUCUCCCAAGAUUCUGCCGGUGAUCUGAACAAGGUCACUCCCUUCCGUGAUUUCGCCACCAAGAACUUAUGGACGGAAGAAUUGGAGGAAUUGAUGAUUGGGGGGCAAGUCGAUUUUGUCGUUCAUUCACUCAAAGAUGUUCCCACCAACCUCCCCUCUACCUGUACCUUGGGACCUAUGCCGCCCCGCCAAGAUAGUCGAGAUGUUCUCGUUGUGAAGAAAGGUCUGUCAUACAAGAGUUUGUCGGAGCUUCCCGCAGGCUCCGUUGUCGGAACCUCUUCUGUUCGCCGGACUGCUCAAUUGGCACGGAAAUACCCCCACUUGAAGGUGCUAGAUGUACGUGGAAAUAUUGAGACUCGUAUUUCCAAGCUAGAUGCGGAAGAUAGUCCUUUUACUUGCAUUAUUCUCGCAGCGGCUGGCCUGCUUCGUAUGAACAUCGGAGACCGCAUCGCGCAAUACCUGGACUCGACGAACAGCGGAAUGCUCUAUGCUGUCGGACAGGGUGCUCUUGGAAUUGAGAUCCGUAAGGAUGACACCGUCUUAAAGCAAAUGUUGGAAUCAAUUGGCCACCAGGAGACAACAUUUGCCUCCCUCGCUGAGCGCAGCCUGCUACGUACUCUUGAAGGAGGUUGCAGUGCCCCACUUGGAGUUGAAGCUGAGUGGGUUCAUGGAUCAGAGGGAUCUAAAAAACUACGAAUGCGGGCUGUUGUUGUCAGUGUUGAUGGCAAGGAUUGCGCGCAGGUGGAAUUGGAGGGUGAUGUCAAUUCAACUGAAGCUGCCGAGGCAUUCGGUAUCACUGUGGCCAAGGCUUUGGUUGAAGAUGGUGCUGGCGCGAUUCUGGAUGUCAUUCAAAAAGACAAGGCAGCCAAGGUGAAUGUUACAGCAUAA